GAUUGUUGAGCGUUGGUUUUCAUCGGCUUUAUGAGCCGGCUCUCGUUCAAAACUGCUCUGCGAAACAGGCGGCGGAGCAUUUGUAUAUUUCGACAGAUGCCGUUGCAGCUGAAGCCUCCGAUCGCCAGUUUUCUUCAUUGGGAUAUCUGUUUGGAUCCGGAGCUUCGCGGGCCCUCGUAUUAACAUGAUAACGCUCGACUAUCUCACUGCUGACCUCUAUCCAAGUCAUGCUGGGAUUCAGCUUUGCUUCAGUCGUCUCGGUUUCGCUCCUGGCACUUCUAUCCAUCAAGUCACUUCACAAGCUCUUGUUCUAUUCCCAAGAUCUGGUUGCAGCCUCAUCAGCAAUGUCUUGGAUUUCGCUUCUUGUUGGGGGCUUGACCCUGCUCCUGCCAGAUGCAAUUGCGUAUCUGACCUCAAACGACGUUUGCCUGAUAUUUGGCUUGACAGCAAUCAUCAAACUUCCCAAGAUCCUGAUCCUCACAGAAUGCGCGUCCUUUCUGGUCUUGAGCUCAGUGUUAUGGUCAAUCUAUAGCUCUGAUCAAUACCAUGGAGUCGAGGGCGUAUCGAUCACGGUCGGGUACAUCAAAGUGAUUGCCAGCGGUCUGCUCGCUGCCUUUGUCCAGGACCUAACUGCUUGCGAAACCUUUUUGGUGGGACGCAGCCUCAACAGGGCGUUGGAUCGGCUGGACAUGCAAUUCCUCAAAGACCUCCAGAACUACAUUUCUGAAAAGUUCAUCGACACGGGCGAAUAUGCCUUUUCGAUUUUCAACCUGCUGGUGGCCAACGGACAGGUUCUACGGCCAUCCUUCAGUGUCCGGAAUGUUUGGUACGAAUGGAUCGAUCUUCGGUUCAAAAGCCGCGAGCUGGAGGCCGAGUUUCGAACAUACUGGAACCACAUUGCCAUCCGUCAGCACAUUGCCACAACUAUUAUCAACGUCAUGAGCGCAGCUGUUCCGAUCUAUCUCGACACAGUUGAACAGGCAUCUGGCCAGUCUGCCCCUGCUCUCUGGAGCACGACGGUUCAGCUGGCCUUCUUUGGAGGCACAUUGAUGGGGCCGUGUCUGCUGCUGCUCAUCAAGGACAUUCGGACCUCACCACUGGCAGUCCAGAUGAUCAUCUUCUUUGCCUCCUCUGCGAACAUUGCCGGCUGGGCCGUGAUGCAUGUCGGGACGAUGCUUGCCCACCAAGGCGACACCGGCAUCGCCAUCUUUCACCAGAGUCUCGCGGCAUUGACGAUCUCCAUCAUCUCUGUCUCGGCCCAGUCAGGGCUGCUGUCUACCUUCUUUCUUCCGGUGCUCCUCGUGGUGGCGGUGGCCAACUGCGGGUGCUAUUGGUUCCUUAGCUUCGCCAAUUUCCAGUACCAAGUGACGGCGAUACCAGAGACGUGUCUGGUGGCCUAUUACGCAUGUAUCAGCAGCGAAUUCGAGUCGAGACGAUGCUUUGUGGUUCGAAAGCUGAGGAAAAUCGACUCGCGGGAAUGUCUCACCGAGAUUCCCUGUGGGGACCAGGUACAAAAAGAUGCCGAGAAGCCCACCACAAGCAGCAAGUUCGUCCUCUCAAGAAUGUGUUGAAUCGUCGGGCAGGACCACUGUGGCCGAACCCUCUGGCAUGCGGCAGCAAGAUUGUCGGCAUACAUCAGCGCUGUUGCAUAUCUAAAUCUCGAUGCUGCUGAAUACAGUUGGCGUGCCGCUAUUGA